AUGGCAGAUUUCCUAGAUGAUGUCUUUGAACCAGAUACCUCACCUGAUGCAGGGAGGGAAAUGUCCUUAGAUUUAAUGAAAGUGAGAGACGCACAUAAUAAAAGAGGAUAUUUAGAUGGGAUCGUUAGUUCUAAAGAAGUUAAUUUACAACAAGGGUUCAAUGCUGGAUUUCCCACUGGGGCUCUUCUGGGAGUAAGAGUAGGAAACAUUAUUGGACGAUUACAAGGUCUUGAUUAUAUGUACGGUUCUAUCGACGAUGAAUUAAGGGAAAAAUAUAAAAUGGCUCAAAAGGAACUUAAGAUUAAUAAUGUUUUGAGUAAAUCUAGUUUUGAUCCAGAUUUUGAAUUGAAAGAUGAGAAGCAUCAACGUGUUGAUGAAUGGGAAAAGAUAACGAAACAGUUCCUUGAAAAAUAUAAUGUGAACACUAAAAAGUCCGACGAUAAAUAA